AUGUUACAGCGCGCCCUGGCGGGAGCGGCGGCGGGUACCGCCUACCGCGCGCCGGAGCUCGUGGACGCGCGCCGCCCGACGUUCAGGUUCGACGUGUACUCGCUCGGGGUGCUGUUCCUGGAGCUCCUGACGUGCAAGUCCCCCGCGCACCACGCGUCCCUGGAGGGCGGCGACGGCGUCGUGGACCUCCCACGGUGGGGGCAGUCGGUGGUGCGGGAGGAGUGGACGGCCGAGGUGUUCGGCUCCGCCCCUCCGGCGGUCCGGCCUCCAGGCCGCCGAGGGCUGCGCCUCCUCCUACAAAGAAUGGAUUGCCGUGGCAGUGGCAAGAGCAAAGAGAAGGCCAUACCAGAUAGUGACGAGGUAUGCAGUGCAGCUGGUGGGUCGUCCAAGACAUAUGUAGUUGAUAGAGCAGGAAAACGGAUAGAAUUGAAAGGAAAAAUUAGAGACACAUGA